UCUGCCUCGGUGUUCUGGAAGUCUAAAUUUUGACAACACGCAGUGACGGUGUUGUGUUUCUCCUCCUUCUCAGUCCCGUCGCUCCUUAAAGCCGGCGGAGCAGGCGCUGCGAGGCGCAAAGCGCACAGCGUGUUCUUGGAGACGUCCUGGGAGGUUUUACGCACGACGCCACGGCAGAGGCUGGAACAGAAAGCGGGACGCUGUUUACUUCACUUUGGGAUCCCCGCCACCAGCCGCAUCUUUCUGGUUGUACCUCGUCGGUUUCUCCCCCCUCGGAUCUUGCCCUCUCUCGUUCGGCUCUGGGUGACUUCGGCGCGGCUUGAACGGUCUCAGGCUGGGGGGAGUGGAAACGCGCUUUUUCAACCCGAGCACAGAAAGAGAGGAUGAUCCCGCCGGCAAACGCAGUUCAGGACGACAGCGGGGGGAAAGAGGACGAAAGGGACCAGGAUGAGGCUCCGAAAUCCCCGACGAUGAGCGCCAGCCAGCAGGAGACAAAGAAUACUGUGAGACCUGAACAUCACAAGCGCAAGCUGCAGAGACUCAAACGCUCGCUUUCCUUCAAGACCAAGAGCAUCCGCAGCAAGAGCGCCGACAACUUCUUCCGGACCAGCAGCGAGAACAAGACGGAGCUCCUCUCGGAUGUGAGCAGCAGCACGGGCCAUCUCUGCAACAUCGGGAUGGCCCCGCCGCACACCACCAGCCUCCCCAUCCCUCCGGUGCCUCCGGCCAUUCCCUGCGCGCCUCCCCCCACGUCCCGCUCCCAGGCCCGCAACCCGCUGCAGGUGGACUCCGCCGGACACUGCUUCAUGGAGCACAUCUUCAAGAAGCCCACCUUCUGCGACGUCUGCAACCACAUGAUAGUAGGAACAACAGCCAAGCACGUGGUGUUCCUGGCAGGAAACACAGCAAAGCAUGGCCUGCGGUGCAAAGCCUGCAAGAUGAGCCUGCACCACAAAUGUGAGAGCGGAGUCGGGCAGCAGCGCUGCAUGGGGAAACUGCCAAAAGGCUUUCGGCGAUACUACAGCUCUCCAUUGCUGAACCAGGAACAAUAUGGCUGCAUUAAAGAAGUCAUGCCCAUUGCCUGUGGGAAUAAGGUGGACCCAGUGUACGAAGCCCUGAGGUUUGGGACAUCACUGGCACAAAAGGCCAAGAGGGCCAGCGGCUCAGAUUCUCCAAACAGAAACUCGGCCAGUGAUUUGGAUAAUGUUCCAGAGGAGGUUGUGGCUCACAGCAGCAGGCAGGAGCUGUCGAGGAAACACAGCGAUGACGUUUUCACAGUCAUUCAGAACGGAGCGGAGUGUUUAUACCUGCCAGAGAGAAACGCAGAUGAUUUGCCGAUGGAGCAGAUCCAGCUGCAGAAAGACCCGCUCAAGCUCAACACUUUGGUGGCCUUGUACGAUUUCAGCGCCCAGGAGAGCCAUGACCUGGAGAUGAGAGCAGGAGACAGAAUACUGCUGACAGAUGAUUCCAAUGACGACUGGUGGAAGGGGCUGAUUGAAGACAGGAUUGGCUACUUCCCAGCAGCCUUUGCUCACGAGUUGCAGGACGGAGAUCAGGUGUUCAGAUGCAACAGGACGUUCAUCGGCUGCAAAGAACAAGGGCAGCUCACUCUGAAGGAAGGGCAGAUCUGUGUGAGCAGAGAGGGCGAGCGCGGCGGCUUCAUCAGAGUGGCGUUUGGAAAGAAGCGAGGUUACGUGCCCUGCGACGUCCUUGAAGUCAUCUGAGACAAAGACUGUUUAGGAAGAAUUACACAGAUAACGAUGUGGCUUGAUCGGCCACCAGGAUGUUGGAGGUGGAGGACCCGACGGUGCAGGAGGAGAGGCGUUCACGUCGCCACGAGCAACGGUGGCUUUGGCACCAAAAAACUCCGAAAACCUCCAGUCCAGACAGUCCUGCUCAAGAGGAUGCUGCAACAACAAACUGCUUUCUGAUUGCAAGGAGACAGAAGAUCACUGUGUCACUGUUUUAUACUUUUAAUUUAUAGAGCCUGUGGUUUCUGUUUUCUUCUGCAGUUUAUUUAACUAUAAGCAGUUGUUCAAAUGAAAGAAAGUAGCUUGAAGUGGAAAAGCAUAGAAUCUUACUCAUUGAGAUUAACAUUUUUUACAGCUUUUACUACAUACACAGAAUUCCCCUCUGAUACAGAUUAGCUCUUAAUGCUUUUGUACUAUUGAAUUUUCCACAUGAAUGUUGCAUUUGUACAGCAGUAAGUAGUAAUAGAAAGUGUAGUUUUGUAUGGCAGAGUUAAUGCCCACACACAGCAAGAUUUAAAUACAUCUAUUUACAAUAAGAGAAUAAGAAACCUUGACUUGUCCUAAUUUGCUUUUUGUUUCUCAUUUCAUGUUUUUAGUUCUGCUCAGUUGUACACUUCCUGACACGCUAACCUUCAACAAAUCCAUGUGUUUUUCCAGUAAUCGCUCAGAAACUGUAAAACAGAGAGAGCAAGAUGAAGAUAUGUGGACAUAAAUUUAAUAAAUCCAAAAA